CUAUUUUCUAUAACAAUUCCUUCUUAACCUUUUACAGCAAGAAAGGCCAAAUAGGUGAGCAAGAGCAAAGACGUUGCUUCACCAGAAAAAGAGCUCAGUAGAAGUCUUCCAGAAGGAACAACUGCACCAUUACCGAAACCAACCCCAAAACUGUAAAGCUUUCUUCUAGGAAAAAGUUGGAGGAGAAGAAGAAGAAUGGCGAGAGAGAAGAUUCAGAUCAAGAAGAUUGACAACGCCACAGCUAGGCAAGUCACUUUCUCGAAGAGGCGAAGAGGGCUUUUUAAGAAAGCUGAGGAGCUAUCCGUGCUUUGUGAUGCUGAUGUCGCUCUCAUUAUCUUUUCUUCUACUGGAAAGCUCUUUGAGUACUCCAGCUCAAGCAUGAAGGAAAUACUAGAGAGACAUAAUUUGCACUCAAAGAACCUUGAGAAACUGGAUCAACCAUCUCUUGAGUUGCAGCUAGUAGAGAACAGCAACCACUCCAGAUUGAGCAAGGAAAUUGCAGAGAAAAGCCAUCAGCUGAGGCAGAUGAGAGGAGAGGAGCUUCAAGGAUUAAAUGUAGAAGAACUGCAGCAGCUAGAGAGGUCACUGGAAUCUGGAUUGAGCCGUGUGAUAGAAAGAAAGGGUGAGAAGAUUAUGAAAGAGAUAAAUGAUCUUCAAAGAAAGGGGAUGCAAUUGAUGGAAGAGAAUGAGCGAUUAAGACAGCAAGUGGUAGAUAUAUCUAAUGGCCGAAGACACAUUGGCACUGAGUCAGAGAAUCUGAUUGCUGAGGAAGGCCAGUCAUCAGAGUCUGUCACUAAUGUCUGCAACUCAACUGGUGCCCCUCAUGACUAUGAAAGCUCAGAUACAUCCCUCAAGUUAGGGCUACCCUACUCUGGGUGAACGUUUGGAGGAGCUUACGAAGCAAAACAAAUAUCUGAUCAAUACAAAUAUCUGAUCAAUACAAAUGCAGGUCCGUUUUACUUGUAUCAAAGGAAUUAUAUCCAACCCAUGCUUUGUUAAUGGUACUUGAAUGAUGAGUACCUUUUUUGUUGAAGAACGAUGAGAACCUAGAUGUUCAUUGUUCAAAUAUUUUCAUACUGAAGCUAUGAAUUACAUAAGAGUCUCUCCUCUGCAGUACGGAAUGCUUUGUUGCCACAAGCAUGGUAUAGUAUCACAGCCUAGUCCUUAAAGUUUGGGAUGGUAAGGGGUGUAACCCAGAACAUUGAUGAAGUUCUUAUGACAUAUGAAGUGUCGUUCCAGCAAACCUUGCCCUUUAUUCAGAACAAGAGAUUAUGUUGUGUAUGCGUUAUUAGAAUGUAUUUGGUCAUAAAUUUAAAAUACCUUAGAAAA